GAACCGAUAAAGGAUUAUGUAAACCCAGAUAUUAUAUUUCUGCAGGCAGGCGGUCAGCGCGUGAUUCAACCAUUAAUAUUCAGUGCGUCUUCCCAUCUCUAUCUACUUUUUAAAUUUUUGCUUUAUCCCCCCACCAUGUCUUUCGCCGCGAUUCGUGCACCACUUCGCAGGCAGGCUUUGUCUGCAUCCUUCAAAAGGCCUCAGCUGCGCACGUCUUCCUUCCGCAAGUAUUCAACGGAAGCUCCUCCAGCAGCCAAGUCCAACACUGGUCUCUACGUCGUCCUUGGUGCCGUCGUUCUUGGUGGUGGUGUUGCAUACUACUUGUAUGACUCAUCUUCGGAGACGGCGAAAGUAACUUCCAGUGCGCUGAAGUCUGCAGCUCAGACAGCAAAGGUUGCCACAAACUUUGUCCCGACUAAGGAAGACUACCAGAAAGUGUACAACCGUAUCGCCGAGGUGAUUGAUGAUGCUGAUGACUACGAUAAUGGCUCUUUCGGCCCUGUGGUUGUCCGUCUGGCAUGGCACGCCUCUGGCACAUACGACAAGACUACUGGCACUGGCGGAAGCAAUUAUGCGACCAUGCGUUUCCAGCCCGAGUCACUUCAUGGAGCUAAUGCGGGUCUUCACGUCGCCCGUGAAGUGCUAGAGAAGAUUAAGCAAGAGUUUAGCUGGAUCAGCUACGGUGACUUGUGGACGCUUGCUGGUGUCGCUGCUGUGCAGGAGAUGGCUGGCCCAAAGGUUCCUUGGAGGCCUGGUCGCAUUGAUGGCUUUGAAUCCCACGUACCCCCUGAUGGCCGUCUCCCUGACGCCUCCCAAGGGGCGCCGCAUAUCCGGGAUAUUUUCUACCGUAUGGGUUUCGACGACCAAGAAAUUGUCGCUCUCUGCGGUGCCCAUGCUCUCGGCCGUUGCCACACCGACCGCUCUGGUUAUGAUGGACCUUGGACCUUCUCUCCCACCACGUUCACCAAUGACUUCUACAAACUCUUGUUCGAUGAGAAGUGGGUGUGGAAGAAGUGGAACGGACCUAAGCAGCUUGAGGACAAGAAGACCAAAUCGCUUAUGAUGCUCCCAACGGACUACGUUCUUACACAGGACAAGAGUUUCAAGAAGUAUGCAAAGGCCUACGCUGACGACGUUGACCUGUUCUUCAAGGAUUUCUCUGCCGCUUACUCCAAGCUCCUCGAGUUAGGUGUCCCUACCCAGCAGUUUGUCGCCUCCGAGGCUUGGAUUAUGCAGACUGUUGACGAACAGACGUCCUAAGUUGUGCAUAGAGCAAUUUAGCAUGGAAGGUAGAUUAUGUUACCCUGCUUCAUCUUACUGGCCACAAUAUCGUAUAUCUUGAGCUUAUAAGUACAUGCAGUACCUUGUACGUACUAACGCCUUGUGGAUUGACUCUUAGGUGCUUUAUUCGUAGAUAAUUGAUAUGAUGAAGUUUUUCGUUUCUCAUAUAUGAACAUAGCAACAGUGGUCAAACCGUUUUGCCACAAUUAAUAAGUAGAUGACGUUC